UGUCAUACACGACUCAUCUACUGACACAGUGUGUUCUUUUUCGUUAGAUAUUUGUGUUUUAUUUUUAAUGGUUUUUCAUUUCCAAGUGUUUUUCAUAUUCGUUGCACUAAUGUAAUUUGCAGCCGCACACCGAUAAGGUAGAACAAAAUGGCUAAUCCAAACGAAUCCGAAUAUGAACGACAAUUUCGUGAGGACUUAGAGAAAGCGACUGCUUUGAGUAUGGAAACGUUGGCACUUGAUCAGUUUAGGCGAAACAAAUUGUAUAGAAGUGAUUCGAUAUCGGAACAGCACAGUAAUUCGUUGUAUGGUUCCGCAUCUAAGUCUCAUCGUCGUCCUGAUUCCUACAAUCCCAAUCAAAGUCUGCAAAACUCAGCUAGUACAGGCUCCUUAGCCGGGCCACCAGCAGUGCCACCACGUCGGCACAGUGAAUCAAGAGAGUUACAGUAUCAAAGUAAGAACAAAGAUGAACCCGAUUUGAUUAACUUUGCAAGUGCAUCGGAUGAACAAGCAUCGAUGCCGAACAAACCAACAGCCAAUGAUCCUCACUCGAGUUUCAUAAAGUUGGUUGAUGACAUGCACAAAUUAAACGCAUCGUACCAAGCCCAACCGUUUGGCUACGGAUUCAAACCAAAUUUAUUGCCACCAAAUAAUGCAGCUGGUCUGCAAAUAGUGCCGUACACACAACCGGAAUCGACAACCAAUCAAAAGAUUCCACUCACAGCCGAACAGCUGGAUAAUUUGUAUAAAAUGAACUACGCAGUCCAGCCGUAUGCUGGCAUUGCCAAUCCGAAUGUUUAUCCGUAUAAUAUGCCACGUCCAGUGGCGCCACCAUCAAUGUUCUAUCCUGGCAUAAGUUCACCGGUUGGAUUCACUCCAGGACCUCCGGUCAUCCAACAACAACAAUUACAGCAGCAGCAGCAGCAGCAACCACAACAAAAACCAAUCGAACCGAUGAACACAGUCAGCUAUGGUCAGUCAAUGGGUAGCACAGGCUAUGCUUCCACUUCGAAUGCAUCGCAACAGUAUUUCAAUCCAAAUGUGAUCAAUCCUCAAUCUGCACUAGUUCAUGUACCAAAGUUGCAACCGAAACAAAAUUCAAUUUCAACAAAUCCGUACACAUUGCCUAAGAGCAACAGCGUUACUCAUCGUCCGAAGAGGCUCGGUGACGAUUUGAUUGACUUGGACAUUGGUGGUGAGAGUUCUCGUGUCAGCGUGCUUGAAGCGUUCGAUCCGUUGUUGGCUCAAAACGACGACCAAGGAGAAAAUGCGUCCGAUUGCACCACAUCGUAUUACUCCGAGUAUGAUCCAUUCGAUUACCUGUACAGUGGUGGCACACAGUAUUCAGAUCCGGUCUAUGAAGCUGUGAAUAAAAUUGAUCGCACACCAAUAUCACCAGCUCCAGCACCUGGCUGGAACAUUCCAACCCAUUUAGCAGCUGCAAGCGAUCUGCCUUUAAGACCGCCACCUCUACCACCUCGCAACAGUCAAUCAUCGCCAACAAUUAUCCCACCUUCGGUAACGGAUUCGUUCCAGAAGCCAGAUCAGUCACAAUUCCAGUCGCUGGAUCGUCGAAAAGUGUCAACGAAACUGUACGAAAAUGUCAUAAUUCGUAAGAAAUACGAUCCCGAAUUGGUUGCCUUCUACAAUAUGGCCAAAGCAUUGCGUCAACAAUACAAAUACAACGAUAGCACAACAAAUUUAGGUUACGUGACCGCAGCAGAAUUUAGUAAUUUAUGUCAGGAAGGCACUAGCAUUAAGCUUCUGGUUCAUCCAGCUCUGGAAUGUCUGACUGGUGAUGUCGGAAAUAGACUAAGUAGAAGUAAUUCGGAGGCCAGUUCGUUGAACAAUGGCAAGGGACAACAUGUGGGAUACGGUGCGCCAGUUCCAUUCACUUGUGAUAUUAACACAACCGUUGAGCAUGUCAAACUACAGGCAUUUUAUCGACUGGAAGGCUCAAUUUCUGGAAGCGGAAACGACUACAUUUUGAAACCGAUAGGAAUGUCUGAAUGGUUGUCUCCCAAUUCGAAACUAAGUCAACUGGAAUGUGUGCACGAUAGUCUGAAAUUGGAGAUGGAUGUUCAACUGGGAUUGUGUCCGAUAUCCCACGCUAAGAUCAAUUCGAUUGGCCGAACGUCACAAGAUGAUAUCAGAGAUGCGGAAUUGAAAAUUGAAGACAUUCUACCACACGAACCGGUCGACACAAUCAACUAUGAUAAUUUGAUGAUUUUAUUGGAAACCUUGGAAGAUGAAAUCGUAAAACUGGAACUGUCUGCGUCAGAUUCGAGUCCUCAUACGAUUCUGUCGUGUUCGGGCGUAACACAGGCUGUGAAAAUGAUAUGCGCUUUAUUAGGCUCGUUGGACACACUGUCGCUAACCGAUGUCAUUGACGACUUAAAAUCGGUUUGUGCCAGCGGUCAAACGAUCUAUACGUACGGUGAUUAUAGUGGCUCUAAGCUGAAUAUUUUAUCGGAAACUGGCGAUUAUGCGGAAGUUAGUUUAAGACCAAAGACCACGGCCGAACAAAUAACUCGACGCUGCAACGACAUACGGAAUUCAGUACAGAAUUUACUGGAAACCUACUGCAACGCAUUCCGCGUCGACUUUUGUGUGAACACACCGGAAUAUGUACCGAAUCUGAUAUCCAUAACGAAAGUAUCCGAGCCUGUGAUGGUGCAUUUGAUGUGUCUGCAUCGUCCUCCGCCUAAUUGGAAACACGAUGACUACAUGCUGGGUGCUCAGAUCUACUACGGAACUAAAUAUAUUGGCGAUGCGGUGGUGUCACAGUGCACGAAUGAGAUAAGUGGAAUAUUUCCCAGAUUGAAAUUCAACUCAUGGUUGCAUUUUGAAAAUCUUCCGAUUUGCACAUUGCCGCGAGAGGCCAGGUUAAUCUUUGUUCUCUAUGGAUGUACGACAGAGCCAGCAGAGAACGAAAACAAUUCGAGUGAACAGGUAGGUGAUCGGAAGGUGACAAAAAUCGAAUUGGGCUGGUCUUCCAUUCAGUUCUUCGACUUUGAAAGAAAGAUGAUUCAAGGGACAUAUCUCCUCUCACUGUGGCCUCCAACUAGCGAUAAAUUUCUGGGACCAGCACCAGCAAUAGGUACGCAUCCGCAUGGUUGCCAUUGUCCGGUGUUGUCAAUAGAAGUUCCACACUACGGCGGCCAGAUCAUGUUUCCCGAAUCACCGCAAAGUCACCACGCUGCGAAUCGCUUGGACUUUAAUAGUUUAGACAGAAAUCUCCAGCUGGAAUUGAUAGACACUGCCGAGGAGGGUUAUUCGAGUGCCGUGGACAAGCGAGAGGUGCUUUGGGAGAAACGUUACUAUUUACAAUCAAUUCCAUACGCCCUACCUAAAGUACUGCAUGCGUCUCAGGUGCAUGACUUUGCUAGCCUUAUUGAACUACAUGCUUUAAUAGCGUCAUGGGACGCUUUAAGUCCACUGCAAGCGUUGGAGCUACUGUUACCACGAUAUCCGGACAUGCAAAUUCGUUACCAUGCAGUCCGUUGGAUAUCGGCAAUGCCAAACGAUCAACUGGUCGAUUAUCUCCCACAAUUACUUCAAGCAUUAAAACACGAUACCUACGACGGUUCACCGAUGGCCGAAUUUUUAUUGAGACGCUCAUUGGAAUCGCCGCGUAUUGCACACCACCUGUACUGGUUAUUGGUUCACAGUCUUCCGGGCGAUUCGCCACAAAAUUCCAUUGAUUUGGACAUUGAUGAAUUGUCGAUAAAUCAGGCCCGUUACAAUCGUCGCAAUCAAAUGCUGCUGAGAGCUUUGUUGGCAAUUUGCGGUGAAAAGCUGUCGGCUCGAUUUUUGGCACAAAAUAUGAUGUGCCGGAGUUUGGCCGAAGCGGCACUGAAUGUGAAACAAUCGAAAGAAUCUUUGCGACAGAAGACUCUGGUGCAAGGCAUGGAAGUGGUCAAUCAAAUCUUGUCGGAUAGUCCAACAACGUUGCCGCUGGGACCGGGACUGGAAGUGACUGGCAUCAGUGCUAGAACGUGCACGUAUUUCAAUUCCAAUACGCUGCCGUUGAAAAUAAACUUUUACGGACCGGAUAAGAUACUGCUGCCGGCUAUAUUCAAGGCGGGUGACGAUCUUCAGCAGGAUAUGCUCACAAUCCAAUUAGUUCGAUUAAUGGACAAAUUGUGGUUGCAAGAGGGAUUAGACUUGAAAAUGGUGACAUUCAACUGCGUCCCGACGGGUUUAAAGAAAGGAAUGAUCGAGAUGAUAACCGACGCUGAAACGUUGCGCAAGAUCCAGGUCGAGUGGGGAUUGACUGGCUCGUUUAAGGAUAAACCCAUUGCCGAAUGGUUGGCCCGUCAAAAUCCUAGUCAAUUAGAGUAUCAACGAGCCGUCGAUAACUUUACAGUUUCGUGUGCUGGCUACAGCGUUGUCACCUACAUUUUGGGCAUCUGUGAUCGACACAACGACAACAUUAUGCUAAAAACGUCGGGUCAUUUGUUUCACAUUGAUUUCGGCAAGUUCCUGGGAGACGCUCAAAUGUUUGGAAAUUUCAAACGAGACCGAACACCGUUUGUACUGACAUCGGACAUGGCUUACGUAAUCAAUGGUGGAGAUCGACCAUCAACCAAAUUCCAUCAUUUCGUCGAUUUGUGCUGCAAGGCUUUCAACAUUGUUCGCAAGCACGGAGAUCUAAUACUACACAUGCUGGCUCUAAUGGCAACGAGCGGUAUAACUGGUGUUAAUGCUGAAGCAGUCAACUAUGUACGCAACGCACUUUUACCGGGACAAUCGAAUCCCGAAGCGGCCGCAUCGUUUGCUAAAAUGAUUCACAUUUCGUUGAAGUCUUGGUUCACCCAAUUCAAUUUUUUCCUGCACAAUUUGGCCCAGCUGAGGUUCUCUGGUGAUGAAGGUAACGGAGAGUUGCUGAGCUUUGUACCGAGAACUUAUACAAUGGCGCAGGACGGACGUUUAAAGUCGGUUACUGUUCAUGGCUUCCAGAAACGGUACGAUUUGGAGAAGUAUUACACGUUCAUUUUGAUUGUGACUCGACAGAAUCAACCGGAUCCAGCAUAUCUGUUCCGGUCGUACAAGGAAUUUACAGAAUUUCAUCAGAAACUCUGCGUACAUUAUCCGCUGGCUAAGCUUCACAGCUUGCCGAGUGGAAUGUAUGUUGGUCGAUCAAAUAUAAAAACAGUGGCCGAACGACGAUUGCCGGAAAUUCGUUCCUUUCUCACGUCACUGUUUCGUUCUGCGGACGAAAUUGCACAUUCCGAUCUGGUCUAUACAUUCUUUCAUCCGCUGCUCAGAGAUCAGCAGGAACAGGACAUUCAUGUAGCUAAAGUUAAAGAACCGAAACCAAACAGUUCGACAGAGAGAGUUUGUGGUGAAAUAAAAUUAUCGUUGCAAUAUCACAGAGGUGCUUUGACUGUCAUGGUUCACCAUGCCCGAUCGUUACCGACAAGUUUGAAUGGCCAAGAGCCGAACACUUAUGUUAAAGUCUAUCUCAAGCCAGAUCCUACCAAAUCAACGAAACGGAAGACGAAAGUUGUGCGAAAGAAUUGCUUCCCAAGCUUUAUGGAAACGCUCGAAUACCGGAUGCCAAUCGAAUUCAUUCAGAGCAAAACACUUCAGUGCACCAUUUGGUCGCACGAUUCGUUGCAAGAGAAUGAGUUUUAUGGCGGUGUCGAAUUGGAAUUGGCAACGGUCGAUUUGAGAGAUGAAUUAGUCAGCUGGUUUCCGUUGUCGUACCUAUCGAGAUCGUAGUUUUUUGUACGGAGUCUAAAGUGGCGAGUUAGUUUUCUUUUUUGUAAAUUAUUUAUUUGGAAAGUGUUUGGAAAAUAACAUUCCGACUAUUGAAUCC